AUGACGGAGACCGAUACUGGACUGCCCCCUGACUGGGAGGUCCGCCACUCCAACUCCAAGAAUCUGCCGUACUACUUCAAUCAGAAGACGCACGAAUCAAGAUGGGAACCGCCCGAGAAUGCCGACACGGACAAACUCAAGAUCUACAUGGCGCAACACCACAGCUCAUCCGCCAAUGCCCGCAUUGAUGGGGCUGCCAGUGAAGGCAAGAUCCGUGCAGCCCAUCUUCUGGUCAAGCACAAGGAUAGCCGGCGUCCCUCGAGUUGGAGAGAGACGAAUAUCACCCGGUCAAAGGAAGAGGCGAUCCAAAUGUUGAAGGGUUACGAAGAGCAGAUCCGCUCCGGCGAGAAGACCCUGGGCGACCUCGCUGUCUCCGAGUCGGACUGCAGCAGUGCUCGGAAGCGUGGCGACCUGGGUUUCUUCGGUAAAGGACAGAUGCAGAAGGAGUUUGAGGAUGCAGCAUUCGCCCUGCAACCCGGUGAACUGAGCGGCGUCAUCGAGACUGCUUCCGGGGUGCACCUCAUCCAACGAAUCCAGUAA